ACUGGCUGGCUUGAGUCGAGUCACUGCUGCCAUGAAUCGCCUCCAGUCACAGAUGCAAGCGCUGGUGGAUGAGCGAUUGAUGUCGGAGCGUCGGCGGCAGAUUGAGGACCUCGCCACGAAAGUUGUGACGCUUGAAGCGGAUCGGCGAGAGGCUAAAAGUGAGCUGCGGGCCACAGAGCAGAGACACCAGGCGGUGGUGAGUGAUGCCCGGGCACAACUCACAGAGGUUGAAGCAGAGCAUUCCGAGCUGCGCAGAGAUAUUGCGCGCUUGCAGGAAGAGCUGGCUCAACGCCACUCCCAAGAGGAGUCGGAAAUGAAGAUCUCAAUGCUUGAAGCGGAAGCAUGCAAGCUCACAGAGAUCCGUCAAUCACAUGAGAUGCAAAUCGAAAGCUGUCGCCAGGAAGUCUCUGACCUCCGUCAGAAAUUGGAAGAGUUGCAGCUGCAGCGGGUCAGAGCCCAGCAGGAGACAGCCAGCGCGGCCAAUGCUGCCCGCAAUUUGAGUAGCUCUUUGGAGGAGGCAAAGCUGCAGCUUGAGUCCUCAGAGCAGCAGAAGCUGUUGCUGAGAGAACGAUAUGCCAAAGUGGGAGAGCAGUUUGAACAAGCCAUGGCCCAGUCGCAGCGCGAAGCUCAGCAGUUGCAGGGCCAGUUGGAAGCGGAGCUCCAGAGGCGCCAGCAGCGCACCAGGCGAAAUCGACAGCGCUUGGAGGAGGUGGAAAGUGCUCUACAGCUGACUGAGCAGAGCAUCCGAGAUCAAAACGCCACCUUGGAGGAACGGCAACAAGAGCUUGGCCGCUGGCGGACUUCCAUGGAGCGCCAGGAUCUACAAGAUUUACAACCGGCCAACCAGAUGCCGCUGUCCGUCCACGAAAAGCUCCUGGAGGAGCAGGCGCAUAACUUUCAAGAGCGACUUCAAGCACUCGAGAGCGAGUCCAGAGAGUCGCAGACUCAGAGGACCGAGUUGCUCCAAAAGGAGAGAAAAAAGAAGCUUGCUGAGCUGAAGCGCCGUCAAGAUGAUGCGACAUAUCGUGUUGCAGCGGCUGAGAAACAGCGGAAGAUGCUGGCUGCCUCCCUGGCGGAAGCUGGUUCCAACAUCUCCCGUUUGCAGCAGAUUGUGGACGAGGAGCGCGCCUCUGUCGCUGCCUUGAAGGCGCAGCUGGCCACAUCUGAGCGAGAAGCGCAGGCUGCGGAGGAGCCAACGCCUUGGCCGCCAGGUGAGUUGCGGACGCAGCUUGGACGAUUGCAAGAGGCUAAGGUGGUGGGUCAAGGUGCUGAUGCUGAGGAGGUGGCUCUCUUGGAGCAGGAGCUGGAGGAAACAGUGCGCCGUGUAGACCGCGCUGGUGCCCUGGUGUUGCAGCUGGAGUCCUUGCUGCGUGGCCGUUUGGCCGAGACGCGGAGGGAUUGGCAACAGCUGCGCAGCGACGUGAAGCAGGAGCUGGCUGACUUUCAGCAACUCUGCAACAGACGCUUUGAAGACUGUCUUCACAACUUGGAGGCCUCGGCUGUAGCCCGACAGAGCCUAUCACUGCAGCGCCAAACGCUCGCAGCAGAGAUUGAGGAGGUUGACCAACAGAGACAGCGUGCAGAAAGCCAGCGUCAGCAAUUCCAAUCAGAAGAGGCAGCUCAGGAGGCCAAGCGCGUUCAACUGGAGUUGGUGUUGGAGCGCCAGCAGCGGAUCGUGGAACGGCUGUUGGAUGGUGCUGCAGCAGCACUACCCACUGCCAAUCUGGAGCAGGUUAAGGAACGGCUCCUAGCUGCUGAUGGGCUUGCUGGUCCCCUUGUGGACCAAGCCAUUUCUGACCUCAAAAAGGAGUUGGAACGUGGCUUCUUAAAUGCUGCCACUGCUUCUGGUGAAGAAGAGCUGGAAAGCCUGGAAGCCAACCAAGAGGCUGCGGUGCGCCGGGCUGCAGCUGCGAUGGCCUCGAGGGAAGCUGAAAUCACAGGUGAGUUGGCCGAGCUCAAAGCGCGCGAGGGUCGACUGGAAGCUGAGCUCCAGAGGCGGCAGCUGGAGCGACAAAGUCGUCAGGAGCAGCGCAGCCAGCGGCGACAGGAACUGCUGGAAGAGGUGGCGCAACAAGAGGACCUGCUUCGAGUAGCUGAAGAGCAGGCCACCAGCGAGGUUGCCGUGGCUCGACAGUUGGAGGAGGAGCUUCGAUGCCAGAGCCCUGAGAGCAAGAGCAUGGUAGCAGCUGCAGCAGAGGAGGCAGCAGCCCCACUUCGAGAUCAGCUAUCGCGACUUCAAUCAGAGGUCAGCGAGCUGCAGGGACGUUUUGCACAAGAGGCUCUCACUUGCGAGGAAACCUGGGAAAGUCGACUUCUUCAAGCUGCCUCAGCUGCAGAGGUCGCAGCUGAAGAAGAGGAGAUGGUCCUGGAGGCUGAGGUGCGCGAGGCCUGGGCCAAAGUGAUGUCUGCUGAGCUGUCGGAGGAGGCGGUGGUCCGUGAGGCGCAGCAGCGCGCAGAGCUGCUGUGCCAUCGAAGCUCCGAGGGUCGAGCGCAGCUGGAGGAGGCGCGACGGGAGAAGCAGCGCAUGACCGCGGAGUACGAAGGCCUGGCAAAGCAGGAGGAGCAGUGCCUCAACGCCUUGCGCCACGCGGAGCAGCGCCUGUCUCAGACCGAGGAGGCCGAAGCGGCGCAGGCCGUGGAGCUGGGCAGCCGUCUGCAGGAGCUGCGACAGCGUCAGGAGCAAGAAGUCUCUGAUCUCAAGAGCAAACACGCUGCAGAGAUGUCAAGAGAGCGAAAUCUUGUACAGCAAUCCAUAA